UCAUUCUCUCUCUAGAUACCGUGUCAUUUAUAAUCUUCUCCCUCCAGAAUCCAUAGUGUGAUCCCUACAGACAUAUAUGUUGUCAUGAAUUCCUCGGAUUCAGACCAGCAACAUGUUCUUCCCAAUCCAACAACCAACCCCUUCAUAUCAAAAUUCAGAAAGUUUACAUUUUACGCAGUGUCCUUAUUGGUUCUCUUUAUAGCAAUCUCGUUGGGUGUCACAAGAACAAAAUACUAUAAAGUUCACUACUUGAAAUACUCACUCACAUCACCAAACCCAUUUGAUCCAAUCGGGUCACUCUUAUCAUCCCCAAAACCAGUUUCUAUGCCCUCCCAUUGUGUGCUAUGGAUGGCUCCCUUUCUUUCAGGUGGUGGGUAUAGCUCAGAAGGUUGGUCGUAUAUUUUGGCCCUUCAUAGACACAGGAAAAUGCAUACUUUUAGGUUGGCAAUUGAGCACCAUGGUGAUCUAGAAUCUAUGGAUUUUUGGGAGGGUUUGCCACAAGAUAUGAAGGACCUGGCCUAUGAGUUGUACCAAACACAGUGUAGAAUGAAUGAGACCAUUGUAGUUUGCCAUAGUGAACCCGGUGCUUGGUACCCUCCACUGUUCGAAACCUUUCCAUGCCCACCAUCUGUUUAUCAUGAUUUCAAGUCUGUGAUUGGCAGGACUAUGUUCGAGACUGAUAGAGUGAAUGAGGAACAUGUAGAGCGCUGUAAUCGAAUGGAUUAUGUUUGGGUUCCUACAGAGUUUCAUAAAUCUACCUUUGUAGAAAGUGGGGUUGAUCCUUCCAAGGUGGUGAAGAUCGUUCAGCCUAUUGAUGUGAUGUUCUUUGAUCCUGACAAGUACAAGCCAUUGGAUCUUGCUUCUAUAGCAAAGCUGGUUUUAGGUUCUGGUGUGAGGAAGAGUUUUGUGUUUUUAAGUAUCUUCAAGUGGGAGUACAGGAAAGGGUGGGAUGUGUUGUUAAAGUCAUACUUGAAGGAAUUCUCAAAGGAUGAUAUGGUUGCUUUGUACUUAUUAACAAAUCCAUAUCAUACUGACAGGGAUUUUGGGAACAAAAUAUUGGAUUUUGUGGAGAAUUCUGAUAUAAGAGAACCAGUUAGUGGUUGGGCUCCAGUUUAUGUAAUUGAUACACACAUAGCACAAAGUGACUUGCCAAGAGUUUACAGGGCAGCUGAUGCUUUUGUUCUUCCUUCCAGAGGAGAAGGAUGGGGAAGACCUCUGGUGGAAGCUAUGUCAAUGUCAUUGCCAGUGAUUGCUACAAAUUGGUCAGGACAGACAGAAUAUUUGACUGAGGAUAACAGCUAUCCACUACCUGUGGAUAGAAUGAGUGAAGUAAUGGAAGGUCCAUUCAAGGGACAUCUGUGGGCUGAACCUUCUGAGUAUAAACUUCAGGUUCUCAUGAGGCAGGUGAUGGAUAAUCUUACUGAGGCUACAGCCAAAGGCAGAAAGGCAAGGGAGGACAUGAUAAGACGGUUCUCACCUGAGAUUGUGGCAGACAUUGUUGCCGACCACAUACAAAACAUACUAGGGCGAUAAGGACUGAAAAGUUUCUGGUUCUGUUUCUCCACAGCUGUUAUGCACCAAACUCGUUUUGUAAUUUGUAAGUGGACGUAUUGUAGAUUUCUCAAGAAUUGAUUGAGGCCCAACAACUUAACCACUGGAAAAUUUAUAGAAUCAGAUGGGGUAACAUGGUGUCCAAGGAGCUUCAGAUAUAAAUAAAUGUCCAAUACCAGUUUGAUAGCCAUUUGAAAGUAUCUGUGCUUCAUUAGUUAUACCUAUGUAACACGCCAUAAUGGUGGAUCUGGUGCUUCCUGGUCAAAAAGCUAAGCUCAAACCUGAAACAAAAUGUAAAGAAUGGAGAUCUGAUGCUCAAGCCGGACAGACAGCUACAUGAUUGGAGCAUGAGCUGAUUAUGGGUGGCUCAUUUAAUUUUUUUGAGACUGUGAAGGUUUAUUCAAAUUGUGUGUACAGAUUAUGUACAUUGAAUCUUAUCUAUACUGAAGUGCAUUAAGUACAGCUACAUAACCAAUUAA